AAAUUUGAUUAUAUAAAAUUUAAAUUUAAUUUCAACUUUAUUUAAAAUACAUAAAUUUUAAAUUUAUAAAUAAAAUCUAUAAAUUUUAUGAAUUUUAAUUAAAUAUAUAAAAUUUUUGAUAUAAGAUUGAGACACCAUAAGUGCAAUUAAGCCGCACAAACUAGGACGACUCAAUCACCGAACCGCCAGUCACUACCAAAAGAAGAAAAAAGAAAGGAAAAAGAAGAAAAAGAAAAAAAAAAAUGAAAGAAAGGCGCCCAUUAUAAGCAAGGUCGGUAACUCAAUAUCCACAUUUCUCUCUCUUCUUUCCCUUCUUUUUCUCCCAUCUUAACGCCCUAAUUUGCUAUUUUCUCCAGAAAAUUUUCAACUCUAUAAGCCCAGCGAAGAAUCCUAUAAUGUAUGGGUCUUCCAGUAACAGUAGCAGUACCAGUAGUAAGGAUAUAAGGAGCACUGAAUCACGAGCUUGUGCUGCAUGUAGUUACCAACGUAGAAAAUGUGAACCAGAUUGCUUUUAUGCACCCUAUUUCCCUGCUGAUGCUCGGAACGAUUUUCGAAACGUCAAUAGACUGUUUGGUCUUGCUAAGUUCAUGAAAAUCCUAAACGGAUUAAACGAUUCGGGUCAGAAAGGAGAUGCUGCUAGGAGUAUGAUAUACGAGGCUAAUGCUAGGGCUAAAUUUCCUGUUGGUGGGUGCAGUCAAAUUAUAUCUAUAUUUCAGUAUGACAUUGAGUAUAUUGAAAUGGUACUUAAAAUUGUAAGGAAUUGGAUUGCGCCUGAACGGGAGCUUGCAAGUUCUUCUUCUUCUUCUUCCAAUCCUCCACCUAUACAUAAUGCCGCUCAGUUUAUUGGGUAUGGUCCAAACCAAGAAAUUCAAGUACAAGAACUGAUGCAGCGAGAAAAUCAAGAAGGGGAAAGGGAUCAGAAAAAUGCAUUUCAACGGGAGCUUGCAAGAUCUUCUUAUUGUAAUAAUCCUCCUAUCCAUAAUGGCAUUCAGGGGUAUGAUGUAAAUCAAGAAAUUCAAGAACAAGAACUGAUGCAGCAAGAUAAUCAAGAACAAGAAUUGACGCAACAAGAAAAUCAAGAACGUGCUACAACUGAGGCGGAUGAAUUCUCAUUAUCGGUAGAAGAACUUGAAUUAUUAGUUGGCAUGUUUGACCGAUGAAGGAUCUUCUCAGAUUGGAGAAGUGGUGUCAGAAGAAGAUUGAAGACCAACUCAAGCUGAGCAGAAACACAAUCUCAAAGAGACUGCUUCACAAAUUAUUCUGACAAAUGUAAGGAACUGAAGUCAUAGAUUGCAGUAAAAGAUUUGGAUAAAAACACUGUUCGUUAAGUACACAUAGUUAUAGAGAAAGUUGUCUAUGCAACAUAUACAACUUGUUUGUUCUUUUCUUCUUGUUUCUGGACCUGUUGCCUUCUAAAAUUUAGCAAUGUCAUAAGUAGCUAGUUAACAUUCUGUACGUGUUUUCAGAAAACUUUCUCCUAAACAUACAAAUGCAAUUAUCAA